ACUCCCAAUGAAAAUUUAAACGUUCAUGCAUUUAGUGUGUUGGUACAUUUCCGUAGAAUAAUGAUUUUAAUUGGUCUCAGUGUAUUAUCAACGGAUGAAAUUGGUAUUUGCUUACCUUGUUUAUCAAAUCAGGAAUAAUUACUGGUCAUCGCCAGCCAGGUAGUACAGGUAACGUAAGUACGUACGCUUUUAGGCCCACCAGAUGUCAACUUCCUUCUUCAAAGCGUGUCGAAUACACAGAUACGCUGAAGGGAUGAGUGGUUAAACCAGAGUUUUGGCCUAAUUAUAAGAAGCAUUACUGAUGUCACAGUCAAGGAGUAAAGAAGAUGGCAGUGAAUCGAAGGGAUAUGUGUCCCUCAGCUGAUGAUAGGGAUGUGGUACAGAGGCUGGGAAACAUACGAUUGACAAUGAGGAAAGGACUUCUACAGCAGGAAAAGGCAGAUGUAAUAGUUACAAAUUCCUCGGGAAAUCUCAAUCUAAAGGCUGGUAGAACCACACAGGCACUGUUAGAGGCUGCCGGGGACACACUACAGGAACAGUGUAAUAAAAAUUACCCACAAGGCAUCAGGCCUGGGGAGGUUGCAGAGACAAACGGAGGCAAUCUUGAUUGUCAAUAUGUUUUUUAUUGUUUCAUGACAUCAUGGGAUGAUGCAGAGAGAGCUGCCUCACGAGGAGUUUUUUGUAAAUGUAUGAAAACCUGCCUAAACAUGGCGGAUUCCAAUGGGGUGUGUUCUAUGGUUUUCCCGGCCCUGGGGACAGGACUGUUGAAAUUCCCAGUGGAGGAGAUUUAUAACCUAGUGGUGCUGUGUGUCUUAGAUUUCUCCAGAUCAAAACCACAGUCUACACUUACUGAUAUAACUAUGGUGGUCCAUCCCAACGAUGAUGAGAUAUUAAAAGGAUUUCGUGAAGAAAAUAAAAAGUUGCUGAGGAAGCCAAAAGAUUGUGCAGAGACCAAAGGUGAUCUUGAACAGAGGAGUGAAAAGAUACAGAUUGGACGAACUUGCGUUGCUAUAGUAACAGGAUCCAUUGUAGAACAACAGGCAGAUGUCCUUGUAAACUUGACCAACAAUAAGUUGAGACUAGACAGAGGGUCACUGUCCAGGGCUUUCCUAGAUGCUGCAGGUGAAGGACUUCAGACGGAAUGUGAUACAUUUGCUGGUGGUCUGAGUUGUGGGGAUAUUGCUGUGACCGGUGGCUACUCCCUGCCCUCUGUGAAUGUGUUCCACACUACACUGCCUUAUUAUAUGACAAAGGAAAAAGAAUCCAACAUAGAGGUCCUGACACUAGUGGUUCAGCAAUGCCUGAUGCAGUUAGAGGAUAUGAAUCUCCGAAGUAUUGCUUUUCCCUGUUUUGCCUGUGGUCAGCACCGCUAUCCAGACUCUGUUGCAGCGACGACCUUUCUUCAGACUGUUGAUGAGUACAUCCAGAACAACAAUCAAACUUGUGUUGAGGAGAUCUCCUUGGUGAUAUACCCUGGAGGACCAUCUCUGUGGAAGGAAGUCUGGCAGACAUUUGUCAAGGAACUUAAAACUUUAAAGAAAAGACAUGUUAAAAGUUCUGACACUGAGGUAAAGCCUGCAGUUCUACCUGGCUGGGGAGCCAGACCAAAGGUGAUAGUUAGGCCUGUAUAUCAGCUGAAGAAAAAACCCAAACAUACAGUCAUUCCAGUGACUCCAGCUGCUCCGGUACGCGGAACAAAAGAAUGGUUCCAAUUGAAAUACACUGAGGAUAUUUGUACACCAGAUUACUGGGUACACCACAAGGGGGGAACUCCAGUCAAAAAACUCAAACUUUCUCUGGAAGUCUCCCUGAAAAAGGCUUACGUGCUGAAGCAGGUUGAUCAUAGUACUAGAGAUGCUGUUGUCAAACUAGUAAAUGAAACUUGGGAAAUGGAUAAAUUUGGAGCGGGUAAAGAUGCUAGGGGCUUAGAUGAGCUUGGUUAUAGUAAAAUUGAGGUGAAGGAAGUGCUACGAGUAGAAAACUUGGAUCUGUAUGAAAAAUAUGCGACAGAACGACAGAGGAUUUUUUCAAAAGCUUCAAAGAAAGGCCAGUCUUUGACCUCAGUCAAAGAUAGUAAUGGUUCAGAUGGAGAAGUUUGUACUUAUACCAAAAUGAAGCCUUGUUUAAAGAAUGAGCUAUUUCCUGAGAUAAAUGAACAUUAUUUAUUCCAUGGGACCAAGGAAAACAUUAUCGAGAAAGUGUUGUCACAGGGCCUGGACAAUAGGAUGGCUGGGGACAAUGCCAUGUUUGGUCAAGGUGUUUAUGCUGCUGAGAGUUCUACAAAAGCAGAUCAGUAUGCUGAUUUCAAAGACAACAGGACUACAUCUCCAAAGAAAAUGUUUCUGGCAAGAAUGUGCCUAGGGGAAGCAUAUGUAUCCAAGACUGCUAACAAGUACAGGCGACCUCCUUGCAAAGAGUGUUUCCAAGACAACUGUGCUCACAAAAAAUUUUACGACAGUGUAGUAGGAGAUGGGAAGUGGAUCUUUCGGGAAUUUGUUGUGUACGAUCCACGGCAAAGUUACCCAGAAUUCCUCAUCACAUAUGUCAGGAAAUGAUUAUAUUUUUGUGACAGACAUAUUAUGUACAUGACUUAUAUUUUACUCAUAUACAAGUGUAAUUAUUUAUUUAGAGUAAUUCAUAUGUUUUUAUAUUUACAUAUUGAUUUUUAAUGUUUAUUCACAUAAAUACAUGUUGUUAUCUCAAUU